AUGAAGAGCCAGGGACCACUGAAGAGCCAGGGACCAAUGAAGAGCCAGGGAUCAUUGAAGAGCCAGGGACGACUGAAGAGGCAGGGACCACUGAAGAGCCAGGGACCACUCAAAAGUCAGAGACCACUCAAGAGCCAGGGACCACUCAAGAGCCAGGGACAACUGAAAAGCCAGGGACCACUCAAGAGCCAGGGACCACUCAAUAGCCAGGGACUACUGAAGAGCCAGGGACUACUGAAGAGCCAAAGACCACUGAAGAGCCAGGGACCAAUGAAGAGACAGGGACCACUGAAGAGUCAGGGACCACUCAAGAGCCAGGGGCCACUCAAGAGCCAGGAACAACUCAAGAGCCAGGGACCACUCAAGAGCCAGGGGCCACUCAGGAGCCAGGGACUACUGAAGAGCCAGGGACUACUGAAGAGCCAAGGACCACUCAAGAGCCAGGGACAACUGAAGAGCCAGGGACAACUCAAGAGCCAGGGACAACUGAAGAGCCAGGGACCACUCAAGAAGCCAGGAGCCACACAAGAGCCAGGGACCACUCAAGAGCAAGGGACCACUCAAAAGCCAGGGACCACUCUAGAGCCAGGGACCACUCAAGAGCCAGGGACCACUCAAGAGCCAGGGACCACUCAAGAGCCAGGGACCACUCAAGAGCCAGGAACCACUCAAGAGCCAGGAACCACUGAAGUGCCAGGAACCACUGAAGAGCCAGGGGUCACUGAAGAGCCAGGGACACCCCCAAAGAGCAGGAUCACUCAAGAGCCAGGAACCACUCAAGAGCCAGGAACCACUCAAGAGCCAGGAACCACUCAAGAGCCAGGAACCACUCAAGAGCCAAGAACCACUCAAGAGCCAGGAACCACUCAAAUGCCAGGAACCACUCAAGAGCCCCAGACCACUCAAGAGCCAGGAACCACUCAAGAGCCAGGAACCACUGAAGUGCCAGGGACCACUGAAGAGCCAGGGACCACUGAAGAGCCAGGGAUCACUCAAGAGCCAGGGAUCACUCAAGAGCCAGGAACCACUCAAGAGCCAGGAACCACUCAAGAGCCAGGAACCACUCAAGAGCCAGGAACCACUCAAGAGCCAGGAACCACUCAAGAGCCAGGAACCACUCAAGAGCCAGGAACCACUGAAGAACCACUCAAAGCCAGGAAACCCCUCAAGAGCCAGGGAAACCCCUCCCAAAAGCCAGGAACCACUCAAGAGCCAGGAACCACUCAAGAGCCAGGAGCCACUCAAGAGCCAGUAACCACUCGAGAGCCAGGAACCACUCAAGAGCCAAGAACCACUCAAGAGCCAGGAACCACUCAAGAGCCAGGAACCAUUCAAGAGCCAGGAACCAUUCAAGAGCCAGAACCACCAAGAGCCAGAACCAAAUCAAAAGCCGGAACCACUCAAGAGCCAGAACCACUCCCAAAAGCCAGAACCACUCAAGGCCAGGGAACCCCUCAAGAAGCCCGAACCACGCCCAAAACCAGGAACCCUCAAGAGCCAGAACCCUCAAGACCAGAACCACUCAAAAGGGCCAGGAACCACUCAAAAUCAGAACCACCAAGAGCCAGGGAACCACUCAAGACCAGGAACCACUCAAGAGCCGGAACCACUCCCAAAAGCAGAACCACUCAAGAGUCAGGGAACCCCAAGAGCCAGGAACCACUAAGAGCCGGAACCCACUCAAGAGCCAGGGAACCACUCAGAGCCAGGAACCACCAGGAGCCAGGAACCAUCAGAGCCAGGACCACUCAAGAGCCAUGA